AUUGUGACUCUGUCUCUUCUUCUUCAUCUUCUUCAUUUGGUUCCAACUUCCCAACAUAAAUUUAACCAAAACUCAUUCACACACCAUCUCCUCUUUAUGAACGACGCCAAUUCAAGUGGCUAGAGAAAAAACGACAUCGUUUCAGAUUUCUAAAUCUCUUUAAAUCCUCUUCAACUUAUGGGGAAUGGAGUCACCACCUUGACCGGUUGCUGUACAGGAACCGUCGCCGGAGAAAUUUCCCGACGGUACGACGUGUCUCUUGUUCACGACGGUCUUGGCCACUCUUUCUGCUACAUAAGACCGGAUCUCACCGGUGUAGUAUUACCUUCUCCUUCGCCGGAGAUUCCUCUCCGAUCAGAACCUAUUCUUGAAACCACCACCACCACCUUCCGUUCAAUCUCCGGCGCUUCUGUCAGCGCAAAUCCUUCAACGGCGCUCUCCGGAGCGUUAUCUUCUGAUUCAGAUUGUCAGUACAGCUCCGCCGUCUCCGCCUCCGCUUUCGAGAGCUCCGGUAAUUUCGCCUCUCUCCCUCUCCAGCCAGUGCCGCGUGGCACCACGUGGCAAUCGGGUCCGAUUGUCAACGAAACGGGUCACGGGUCAGCUCCGUUUGAGCGGCGGUUCUUAUCGGGCCCGAUCGAAAGCGGGUUGUAUUCGGGUCCGAUCGAGCCCACUAAGAAGACUGAGAAAGAGAAGCCGAAGAAGGUGAGAAGAAAAGUAGCUUCAACGAAAAAACACAAAUCGAAGAAGAGCUUUGUAACAUUCAAAACACUAUUCACGAGUCUAAUCUCCAACAAUAAACCUCGCUUGAAGAAGAGUGUGAUCGAGCCGAUCAACGGUUCUGAUUCGUCAGAGUCUGAUCAUCAUCAUCAUCAUCAUGAACAUGUGAUCAGUUCCUCAAGAAGUCACGAAAACCCUAAAUCUGAUCUUGAAGAAGAAGAUGGAAAACAGAGUACUGACUCUGUUUUGGAUGUUGAGUGGGCUCAGGGGAAAGCAGGGGAGGAUCGUGUACACGUGGUUGUAUCUGAAGACAACGGAUGGGUCUUUGUCGGAAUCUACGACGGAUUCAGUGGUCCAGAUGCGCCGGAUUAUCUCCUCAACAAUCUAUACACCGCCGUGCAAAAGGAGCUUGAUGGGUUACUUCGGAAGGACGAAAAGGUUAGGUCUUUUGGAGAAAACGGCGAGACCCGGAUGGGAAAAUGUUCCGAUGAGGAAGAUUCUGAUUCGGGAAAAGAGAAUUGUCCUGAGGUGAACAGUGAUGAUGUAGUUGCUUCCGGUGCAAGAAACCAAGAGAAGAGUGUGAAAUGGAGAUGUGAAUGGGAGAAUAAGUCAAACAACAAGACCAAACCUGAUAACAAAUGUGAUCAGAAAGGAUCAAACUCGACGACGACAAACCAUAAAGAUGUUCUUAAAGCUCUUUUACAAGCGCUGAGGAAAACUGAAGAUGCGUACCUAGAGCUAGCUGAUCAAAUGGUCCAAGAGAAUCCAGAACUGGCAUUGAUGGGAUCUUGUGUUCUCGUGACAUUGAUGAAAGGAGAAGAUGUAUAUGUGAUGAAUGUCGGAGAUAGUCGAGCAGUUUUAGGCCGGAAACCUAAUUUAGCCACCGGGAAAAAAAGGCAAAAGGAGUUGGAGAGAAUUAAGGAAGAUAGUUCAUUAGAAGAUCGUGAAAUUUUGACGAAUGGAGCCAUGCGUAAUACUUUGGUUCCUUUACAGCUUAACAUGGAACAUAGCACAAGAAUUGAAGAGGAAGUAAAAAGAAUCAAGAGGGAACAUCCUGAAGAUGAUUGUGCAGUAGAGAAUGAUAGAGUUAAAGGUUACCUUAAGGUCACUCGUGCAUUUGGAGCUGGAUUUCUCAAACAGCCUAAAUGGAACGAUGCACUUUUAGAGAUGUUCAGGAUAGACUACAUUGGGACAUCACCAUACAUUACAUGUUCUCCAUCACUAUGUCACCACAAGCUAACGUCACGUGACAAAUUCCUGAUCCUCUCUUCUGAUGGAUUGUAUGAAUAUUUCUCAAACCAAGAAGCCAUCUUCGAGGUUGAAUCUUUCAUAUCUGCUUUUCCUGAAGGCGAUCCGGCUCAACACUUAAUCCAAGAAGUUCUCCUUCGUGCUGCCAACAAGUUUGGUAUGGAUUUUCAUGAAUUGUUGGAGAUACCACAAGGAGAUCGUCGGAGGUAUCACGAUGAUGUCUCUGUGAUAGUGAUCUCACUUGAAGGAAGAAUAUGGAGAUCAUCAAUGUGAAUAUAUUACUGUUGUUUUUAUUCAUGAAUUUGAAUAUAUUGAAGAACUAAUUACAAUAACUCGGCUUGAUUUUUUUUUUCCGAUUUAAAGAUUUUAUUCUCAUAAUUUUUUCAUAUGUUGUAUCUAUGUUACCUAUAUAAUAUAGUUUAGUGAAAAUACACCAAAUUGGCAUACAUAUUUUCAUACCUUUUGCUUUUUGGGUUAUUUGGAGUU